AUGUCCGAACCAUCCAAAGUCACAGUGACGCUGUCACAGAUCGCAAAGAUGAUAGACCACUCCCUACUCCACCCCACCAUGACAGACCAGGAAAUCCAGGAGGGCCUGGAGAUUGCGAAAAAGUACCACACGGCAACGGCAUGUGUCAAAGCCUAUGCGAUCCCUCAGGCGAAGAAGGCUCUGGCCGGUUCAGGCGUCAAGGUCUGUCCGGUCAUUGGCUUCCCAGCAGGCAACAGCACCAUUGAAGUCAAGGUUCUCGAAGCACAGAAGGCCGUUGAAGCCGGCGGCGACGAGAUCGACAUGGUGGUCAAUGUUGGCAAAGUCCUCUCCGGCGACUGGGACUAUGUGACGGAGGAGAUCCGGGCGACCAAUACCGCGGUAACCAACAAGGGAGCCAUUCUCAAAGUGAUUUUCGAAAACGACUUUCUGCAGGACCAGCACAUCAUCAAGUUGUGCGAGAUCUGCUCGUCGCUGAAUGUCGCGUUUGUCAAGACUUCAACGGGUUACGGGUUCGUCAAGCAGUCCAACGGCAUGUACACGUACAAGGGCGCAACGGUGCCCGCGCUGAAGCUCAUGAGGAAGCACUCGAAGCCGGAGGUGCAGAUCAAGGCGGCCGGGGGAGUGCGCACGUUGGAUGAUCUGCUGUAUGUCAUGUCAAUUGGGGUUACUAGGAUUGGGGCCACCGCCACGGUUGCCAUGCUGGAGGAGGCAAAGAAGAGGGGCAUUGGGGAAGAGCCCGUGGAGGUCGAGGUGAAGCCUAUGGGAGAAGCUACGACGAAUGGGGCGGCAUACUAG